AGACGACGUACCGUGUUCGCCAAGAGGCCCAUAGGAAAAGCAGUCCAGGAAGAAGGUCGAACCUCUGGGCCACGUAUCUACACAGCGCGCUGGUUUCUGGCCCACUUGCCCGUACCCAGCCGAGCCCUGGAAAAUUUGCUACCCUCUGACAAGGAGGGCAACUUGCAAACAGUCCUCUCCUUCGCCCGUCGGCCUCGCCGCCGCCUCCCUUCCCCCCUUCUCGGGCUCAGACGCAUCUUCCAGUAGAGUCCGUUCUCCUUAAACCCUCCGCAAAUCACCCGAACCCUCCCGCAUUCCUUACCCCUCUCGCAAGCCACGCCAUGUCCGGCAUCGCGAGGUCGCGCCUCUCUCUCGCGCUCCUUCCUAGGACCUCCGCCCUCUCCUUCGCCACCUUCUCCCCCGCAGCAGCAGCUGCAUCCGCUGCCGCCGCAGCGUCCUUCCCCUCCAAGGAGGCGGCCGCUGCUUCCGAAUCGUCUUCCGCCGAUGGCGAUCCCUCCUCUGCGCCGCCUCCGAGGGCCAGCAAGCCGUUCGGUCUGCUCAAGGCCGGUAUCGUCACCGCCCUCACCGCUGCGCUCGGCGCCACCGGCUACGUCACCUACGCUUAUCCUCUGCAUGAAGUGGAUCAGAAGACAAGGGAGUUCCGGGAGAACGUGAAACGUCCUAUUCAGGAGGACCUGUCCGGCUUUGAGAAAUAUAAGGCUAUGGCUUAUUCUGAAGCUUUGAAAGUUCCUGUUGCUGCUAUUGAGCUAUACUUGGAUGUUAGGAGAGAAAUUGAAGAUCAAAUUCAGGGAUUUAGUGAACCAUCAUCAGAAAAACUUCUUCCAGAUCUACAUCCUCAAGAACAGCAUGUCUUUACCAUAGUUCUGGAUCUGAAUGAGACUCUUGUGUACUCAGACUGGAAGCGUGAGAGAGGAUGGAGGACUUUUAAGAGACCUGGAGUUGAAGCCUUCUUGGAACAUCUGUCAAAGUUCUAUGAAGUUGUUGUGUAUUCUGAUCAGCUGAGUAUGUACGUUGAUCCUGUUAUGGAGAGAUUGGACCCAAAAGGCUGUGUUCGGCACAGGCUAUCGAGAGUUGCAACAAAAUACGAGAAUGGAAAACAUUAUCGGGAUUUGUCAAAGCUGAACAGAAAUCCUGGGCAAGUUAUUUAUAUCAGUGGCCACGCUCUUGAGUCAUGCCUGCAGCCUGAAAAUUGUGUGCAAAUCAAACCUUGGAAGCUUGAAGAUAAUGACACUCAACUGAUUGAUCUUAUUCCAUUUCUUGAAUAUGUUGCCGUGGCAAGAAUUUCUGACAUCAGACCUGUCCUUGCAUCCUUCCAAGGCCGUGAUAUCCCUACUGAGUUUAUUGAGCGUUCGAAGCGCCUGCAAGAACAAAAGCCACAGGGACGCUUUUGGCGGCGAUGAUGACUAUAAUCUGCUGUUAGGGAAGCAGAUCGAAGAUCGUUUUACCAACUUCUAUAGACACAUAGAACCUUCGGACUUUGUUGCUUCAUUACUUUCGAUGGACCUAUUAACUAAGAUUGUAAUCAUCUGCUUUUGGUAGUUAUUUAUUUUUUCCAUUAUUAUAGGUAUCCUGGAGUGACAUCUGACCAAGCAAUGCCCUAGUUUUACGAUCAUGUGAUGUCAUGUCAUUUCUUCAAAGCUGGCUUUGUUGGCAAUAUGGGAAUUGUUGAAAUGAGCUUCUACAUUAUAAUAAAUUGUUGAUUGUUGUGAUCU